ACCGAGUCCACGGGCUCUUCCAAUUAUUGGGCAUUUCCAUCACCUAAAGCAACCAAUUCAUAGAACUCUGGACAAACUCUCGAAAAAGUAUGGUCCUGUCAUGUUUCUCAAGCUUGGAACUCGUAAAGUAGUUGUAGUUUCAUCUCCAAUGGCGGUCCAAGAAUGCUUCACAACGAAGGACAUCAUAUUCGCGAACCGCCCUGAACUGCUUGCUGGAAAACUACUCAAUUACAACAACACCACAAUGGGUUUCUCUUCCUAUGGCGAUCACUGGCGAAACCUAAGGCGCCUCACAACUGUAGAAAUUUUCUCCCCAAAACGUCUAACCAUGUUUACAAGUAUCUGGGAAGAUGAAGUCAAUUUGAUGAUGAAGGAACUGUACCAAAAAUCCCGAGAGAAGCCCAUGAAGGUGGAGUUGAGGCCAAAGUUCAUGGAACUUUCGUUCAAUAUUAUGGUGAGAAUGAUAGCGGGAAAAAGGUACUAUGGAAAGGAUGUAGUGGAUGAAGAAGCGAGGCAGUUUCAGGGUAUUUUGAGGGAAUCGAUGGAGCUUCAUGGAAGUUCAAAUUUGGGAGAUUAUUUUCCUUUCUUUCAGUGGGUUGACAUUCAAGGGGUACAGAAGAGGAUGGUGAGGUUGAUGAAGAAGAUGGAUAAAUUCUUCCAAUUCCUAAUUGAUGAGCACCGAAAAAUCAGAACCAAAUCAAAUGUAUCAUUGGGUGAAUCAAGUGGAAGCACAGAAGAAAGGAAGAAGAAGAAGACUUUGAUUGAUGUUAUGUUAUCACUGCAACAAGAAGAACCAGAAUUGUACUCGGACACAAUUAUAAAAAGUGUUAUACUGGCUAUGCUUGUUGCUGGGACAGAAACUUCAACAACCAUCAUGGAAUGGGCAAUGUCACUUCUCCUCAACCAUCCACAAACCAUGAAGAAGGCCUUGGCUGAAAUCGAGACCAACGUUGGGCAAGGCCGCCUGUUGAAUGAGCAAGACCUGCCAAAACUGAAGUACCUACACAACAUAAUCAGUGAAACACUGAGGUUGUUUCCUGCUGCUCCACUUCUUCUGCCACAUGAGUCAGCAGAUGAUACAACUAUCUGUGGAUACAACGUACCACGAGGCACAAUGUUGUUGGUCAAUAUAUGGACACUUCAAAGGGACCCCGAGUGCUGGGAGGACUCGACAAAGUUUAAUCCAGAGAGAUUUGAAGAAGGGGAAGCUGAAGGGUAUAAGAUGAUUCCAUUUGGUGCUGGAAGGCGGGCUUGUCCUGGGGCUACUUUGGCAAGGCGAGUGAUCGCUUUGCUUUGGGAGCCUUGAUUCAGUCCUUUGAAUGGGAAAGGGUUGGCAAAGAGGAGAUUGACAUGACAGAAGGGAUAGGUCUAACCAUGCCAAAAGCCAAGCCCUUGGAGGCUCUAUGUAAUCCUCGACAAACCAUGAUCAAUCUCCUUUCUGGACUGUGAAUCAUAUGACCAAUUGAUUGAGGCGACUGCUCGCAUAGUUUUCGUCAAUUUCGUUGUCUUCCACAGGUUUACUUUUGUUGCAGGGCCUUGAUCAUCAUGUACCGUUGGUAAAGCUUGUAUUGUUGUUUGGAUUUAUAUUUUGGCUCCCUGGCCUGGGUGGCGCUAAUGCCUUCCUCUGGGUAGGUCUGUGCUUGUUUCUUGGCGUUUAAGCCCACUGUAAACUUUUACAGUAUAUCUUUGCUGUGCGGAAUAAAUAGCUUAAGAUGCAAUAAAGUUGGUGUAUUUGUAUUGGAGUAUAUGUUAUUUAACCCUCAAGCCAAG